AAACUUUACCCGGGGUAACAGCCGAGGCGCUUUACGGCGACGGCGGCUGGGUGAGAUCCUUGGCGGCGGUGGAGGCGGCCGCGGCGGGGAAGGAGGCGGCGGCGGUGGCUGAGGAAGAGGAGUGGCGGCACCGGCGGCGGGGACCAGUGCCGGGAUGGCGGAGGUACCGCCUGGGCCUAGCAGCCUCCUCCCACCACCAGCACCUCCGGCCCCGGCGGCGGCGGAGCCCCGUUGCCCCUUCCCGGCGGGGGCUGCCCUCGCCUGCUGCAGCGAGGACGAGGAGGACGACGAGGAGCAUGAAGGCGUUGGCGGCAGGAGCCGGGCUGGCGGCGAGGCGACGGCGGCGGCCAAGAGGCAUCCGUGCCUUCGCUGCCCGGAGCCGCCGCAGGAGCAGCAGCAGCUCAACGGAUUGAUCAGCCCCGAACUGCGACACCUCCGGGCGGCCGCUUCCCUCAAGAGCAAGGUCCUGAGUGCAACCGAGGCGGCCACGAGCACGGCCAACCCCGACGGGGGCCCCAAAGCGACUGCAACAAAGGGAGCCGGGGUACACUCGGGCGAGAGACCCCUUCACUCCCUCCCCAAUAAUGCAAGAACUGCGCUCCCCAGCCCGGCAGAGGCAGCGGCUGCGAGCGACCCCGCGGCGGCCCGCAAUGGACUGGCCGAGGGCACGGAGGAGGAGGAAGACGAGCAGGUGCGGCUGCUGUCUUCGUCCCUGACCGCUGGUUGCAGUUUAAGAAGUCCCUCGGGCCGGGAGGUCGAGCCUGGGGAGGAUCGGACGAUACGAUAUGUCCGAUAUGAAUCCGAGCUACAAAUGCCCGAUAUCAUGAGACUGAUCACCAAAGAUCUGUCUGAACCCUACUCCAUUUAUACGUAUAGAUAUUUUAUCCACAACUGGCCACAGCUGUGCUUCUUGGCCAUGGUAGGGGAGGAGUGUGUAGGUGCCAUCGUUUGCAAGUUGGAUAUGCACAAAAAGAUGUUCCGCAGAGGUUAUAUAGCCAUGUUAGCUGUGGAUUCCAAAUACAGGAGAAAUGGCAUUGGUACUAACUUGGUUAAGAAAGCUAUAUAUGCCAUGGUUGAAGGAGACUGUGAUGAGGUUGUUUUGGAAACAGAAAUAACAAAUAAGUCUGCUUUGAAACUUUAUGAAAAUCUUGGUUUUGUUCGAGAUAAGAGGCUGUUCAGAUACUAUUUAAAUGGAGUUGAUGCACUGCGACUUAAACUGUGGCUGCGUUGAGAAAUUGACAUCGAGGAACAACUUCCAACAACAGAAUCGACAUUUGCAUGCAAUGCAAUUUGUACAGAAUUGCUUUGCAGGUGGAUUUAGUAAUUUCCAUGCAGCUCUUACCUGUCAGUGUCUCAUUGAGUGUCGCACAAUAUUUGUUGCACUUUGGCAUGGCGCAUUUGUUCUGAAUUAAAAGAGAUUGUUUUAAACUUCAAGAGUUCUUUUGGUACCAACAAGAUGUGCCAGUUGAUAGCCAAGAUUUGUUCAUUUUCAGAGUCUGCUGACAAUGUUAUUUGCAUAGUGAUCAUUUUAUCACAGAACCAGUAAAUGGAACAUGAUUUUUGUUCCUUUAAAAAGCCAAGGUAGAUUGUAAAAGUCUCUAAGUAUACUAACAUUUCACACAAAACCUGCCAUAGUUUUCUGAAAGGGGUGAGGGAAAAGCUUCAAUUUUAGGUUUUAUUUUUUCAAUAUUAAAUUUUCCAUUCUUGAAUAUUGGUACCUCAGUGAUUAGUGAAUGAAAAAAAAAUGUAGGAUGGGGUAUUGUUUUACAAUAAGUAAAGAUAACAAUUAAAUUGCGUCUGCCAGUGCCUGUGUAGAUAAGUAUAUUUGUCUUCAUCUCUAGGUUUUUAAUGCAUGCUGUCUUUUCCUUUUCUUUAAGGCUUUUACAAGAAAACUUUGUUUUUAUUUAAAUUCUAAAUUUGAUAAUAAAUUAUUUCAGAUUUUUAUAAUUUGGAUACUUUUUCCAGGUGAGUGACAGAGUGGUUUGCUUUAGAAGUCCCUUCUUUCUUUACAGUAAGAAGUUGAAAUCUUUUUGGAAAACCUUAGAGGAAUGGCUCAAAAGGGAUGAGAAAAGUUGAGAGAGCAGGGAAUUGCUGGGUUUUGGAUGCACUUUUUUGUUUUGUUUUGCUUUAUUUUUUUGGAGAGGGAAUUUUUGGAAAAGAACAGAAAAUUAAUGUAAAUUGGUGUGAUUUUAUUUAAUCAAAAUUAUUGCUAAGCUGUGAAGAACAGCUUUUAUAUAGUAGCUGGAAUUUUUUUCCCACUUGGAUUCACGUUGCUUUUGUUUCUUAAAAUGCUUCACUUUUGAUUCUUCAUCUUGGAAAUAAAUUUCAAGGUGCAUUGUAUCCAUUUUAAGCUGCUUUUAUUUUCUUUUCACUUGUCUGAGCAGAUUGUCGGGGGAGCUUUGCUUUGUUCCUCCAGAAACACAAAAGGGAGAAAUGAAAAUCUUUUUUUAAUGAGUUCUUUGGGUUUUCUGAACAGCUACCAUGUUUAUUAAUUACAUUGUGUUUUGGUUAAUCAGUGCAAUGUAACGAAUUUUCAAGUUAAUUGCUUUCAGUUGAGUCGGUAAAUCUGUGAUGGAUAAUUUAUUUAACUGGAAAACCUAGGUACCCAUAAGAAAAAAAAAGAUUCAUUCUCUGUGAAAACUCUUUUGUAGGAAUCUAUGUUGUCAUUUUCAUUUGGAUAUACUUUUGCUCUAGGAUUUGGGUUGAAUAUUUUAUGAGUAUAAUUACUGUAUUUUUAAAACCCUACCUCCAUUAACAGUUGGUAAAGGCCCCUUUUCAGGAAAGUUUGUUGCUUUUUUUUUUUUUUUUUUUUUUUUAAGGAAAGCUGCUCUUUGCUCAGUAUAGUGUUUUCAAAGUGAACAUGAUUACAACGACUUUUAAAAUAAAGAUAAACAAUUUAUAUUUGAUGAAAACUAAAGUUCCUCCUGGUGGGAUCAUUUAUAAUUCCUUAUUUUAAAGAAAACAUUUCCAUUUUACAUUUUAUUUAAAAGCUUAAUGUUAAUGGGCAGAAUAUUGGUUCUAUCAACAUUUCACGACCAUAGUAUUCAGCUUUUCAGCUGACCAUUUUGAGUCUGUUUGUGAUCAAACUUCAUUUGGGUUCUAGCAUUUAGAAGAAUGCCAGUCAUAUCGAUGCUUCUGUUAUUAUUUUUUAAUAAGAAGGAAACUAGCUGAAACAGUGUUACAUGUGUCAUCAAGUUAUAUUUCAUAGCCUUAUAUUUGGUUCUUAGGUAAUGAUUGUUGUUGAACGUACAUUUGAUUGACUCAAAUAAUGGGGACAGUUGUAAAGUAGAUACAUGCUAAUUAUCAGUUCAACCAUUUUUUUAAUGUUUUUGCCAGAAUGUUAAGGAAACCCUAACUACUGACCUUUAACCCCAGAAUUGCUGAAUUAAUAACUAAAUUGAUUGCUUGGGCAUUUGUAAACAUGACCUUAACCAUGUGACUAAAAAGUGAAAUGGAUGCCAUAUUGUUCAGCUGGUGUAUGUUUAAUAUCGGUGUACCUUAUGUCUUUAAUUAGGUGUGCAAAAAUUGUUCACCUAAAAUUUUAAUCUCUAGCAUGAUAAUCCAGCACCAAAAUUAAAAGACUCUCUUCCAGUUGAAAUAGCAUCAAACAUUCACUUACUUUGAUAACACACUUACAUUUUUCUCAUAUCAGCUUGAAACAGUUCCAUUUAUAAUUGAUAGAGUGGGUUCACUUGGCUAAAAACUGAGCAAAAUUGGUGCAACUUUCUUUUAAUGGGGUGCUGCCUCUUUAAGACUGACUGUACUUUAUCCACUGACACUGGUUUAGCAGUUGGUACUGCUGAACAUUUUUAUACAUGCUACCAUGAAGCUAUAUAUGUUAGUGUUAAAGAAGCUAACGGGUAUACUAUCAUUUUUGGUAUGUGGGCUAUUAUUUCCCUUACCUUGGGAUGAAGCUACUUACUCUAGAGAAGUCCACAGAUCAGAAACCAGACAGUAGUUUUUGAAGUUGAAGCCAGCAAAAUAAGAAAAAAGUACUAUUAAAAAAUUGGUUUUGAUAUUUUCUGCCUCUCUCUUCUCCAAAUUACCCUCCCCCCUUGCUCGACAAAUCUGUGUAAAGGAGUUUGUUUGUCACGUUUCAACUUUACCUUGCCCUGUGUUAUGAUGUUGGCUGACAUGUAUAAGACUGGAUGUGUAUAUUUAUUAUGGUGUCUAAAAAAUCAUGAAGUUCAUCACUUUGGAGGAGCGUAGAUAAAAUCAAAUUAGUAGCGCAUCAGAGUUAUUUUUCAGUGCACCAUGACAUCAUUAAAAUGAGUGCUAUAAUGUUACAGGGCUUUCAGGUUUGUAAAAACAUAACCAUAAAUUAUAUUGACGUCAGAUAUGAGUUGAGUAUCUAUAAAAUAUCACGUGUAUCUCAAAAUAUUGGACUGCUGUUUGAUGACUGGAUAUUGCUGCAUAAUUUUCUCUUAUUGUCCCAUAUUCUUUUGGAGAGAGAGAUUUAAUGGGAUUUGAAAUGUGCAAGCUGUCUAAAUAAGAUGCAGUCAAAUAAAGUAUGGUUAAGUUGUGUUUGCAUUUUUCUUUAAGAUA